ACUUUCGUAACCGAAGAGUCAAUCAUGUGACUCCGCGGACCAAAGAACAGGAAAUAGUCGUAAAUAUUUGCGACCUCGGGAGAGGGGAACGACGCAGUAUUGUCAAGCGAGUGUCCCGCAUCAGUUCACAUAAAGCGAGUAUAACGGAUAAUUGCGAAAUGAAUCUCGCUGUCUUCAUUGGAUGCGCAGUUCUUGCAGUGGUCAGUGGGAAACCUCAAGGUGCCUUGGCCUCCGACCAUGAAGAGCUGAUCCUCUCCCUCAACAAGAAGCUCCUGCGCUCCCUGGAGGACCAGAGCUCGCCCCCCAAUCCCAGCGUGCACCUGGCCCUGCGCCUGUCCACCCACCACAACCUGGGCAUGGAGAGGGCGUACCUGGCUCGGCUGAAGGCGGAGCUUCACAAAGACCUGGAGAGCUCCCUUACUAAGCACCAGCCUGUGACGGGGCUCCUGGCCCUCUACGCUCUGGCCCUCAAAGCUUCCUGUACGGAUGCGAGCGCCCUGACGCUCAACCAGGAGUCCCUCCUGCUCCAGCUGAAGACACAGAUGAAGAAGGAGAAGGAGCACAUUGCCGCCAGCCACCGCCCGCUGACCAAUUACUACCAGUACUCUCUGGGGGUGCUGGCUCUGUGCGCCAACGGUGUGACGGUGAGCACCCACGUGAGAGACAAGCUGGUCCACGCCGUCCGGCACGACAGCGCGAAGCACGGGGUCUGCGGCAGCGCCGACACGCUGGCCAUGGCUGGGAUGGCCUUGCAGUGCCUGAAGGAUUCGCCUACCGUGCAGCACGGGGCCCAUCUGGAGGAGCCCCUGGGCACCAUCAAGCAGAAGCUCUUAGACUCGCGACGGCCCGACGGACACCUGGGAAAUGAGUUCAGCACCGGGCUGGCGGUGCAGGCCCUGCUGGCCAUGGGGAGCCAGGUUUCGGACUGCUCCGCCUCCCUGGAGGCCCUGAGGGUGGAUGCCAGGAAGGGGACCUACCACAACCCCAUGGCUAUCUCCCAAACCCUGCCGGCUCUUCAGCAAAGGUCCUACCUGCACGUCAAAACAACCGUGUGCGGAGCAGAGGAUGAUAGCCUGACUCUUGAGCCCAAGCCCUGUAGCACGCAGCCCCCGGCCCAAAACGUGCUCCUCCAGGUGGAGGUAAUCCCGUCGGACGGCAGCAGUUCCAUCAAAACCGUGGACGUUCCAAAGGGCUCUUCCCUCCUCAAGGCCUUGACGCUCCUUAAGGAGACGCAAAAGGAUUUCACAUUUGAAACAGAGUCCAGCCUAUGGGGGCCCUUCCUGAGCGUGGUGAAUGGGGAGCGGGCUCGCCAGUCAGACCGAAGUUACUGGCAGCUGUCUUCAGAUGGGACGUCCCUCAACCAAGGCAUUCAAGAUUAUAAAAUUGAGAAGGCUCAAAAGAUCACCAUCAAAAAGACCAGCCACUGAGAUUUCCUUGCAGGGAAACUGUCCAAAUUCGUAUUUACGACUGACGAUAAAUGCACUUCAGAAAAACAAAAUCUGUUAGAAAUCCUGCUGAAGAAUAUUUUAGGCACUUUUUUGUAAUACUGUGAUUGAUUGUUUUUUUAAUUAAAGGAGAUGUGACUAUCACAUUGACUAAAUCAAACAUUUAAAGUUUAUUUUGUGUCAGAAUACGAAAGGUCUUGUUUGAAGGAAGUAAGAUUCACAAAGCUCCACGGAUGUUUCUGUACAAUUAUGUAAUUCCCUCGAAGACUUGGAAGGUUAACUGGGUUUCGCAAUCUGUGGAACCCCAGAGAAGUGGGAGUUACUGUCACAUCUAGAGCUCGAAAUGAGACAUUCUGCUGCGUUUUUCGGGAGAACCCGUUUUUUACUACGACUGACAGAAUUGGAAUCACUCGAGGACAACAACAUUCUCGCCCCCUUUUCCCACGUUCCUACCUAACCACGGUUGGCAUCUCAUCUUUUGAUGCACUGUUUGCAGUUCAUGCUUAAAAAAUUUUGUGGCAGAAUCAUUCCAGCUUUUAUCAUGUGAAUAAACGCACACUUGUGUAACUG